UUGAUCAAUUCAGCCAUUUUGGGGGGAGUGUUCCCCUGCUUCUGCUGUCAAGUUGAAGAACACAUUGUUUUAGGGAAUGACUCUUUGCUUCCCUUCGGUGGUGUGUCCAGUCCGCUGGAUCUUCGCAACCUGAGGUCGUCGGCAAGUUGGAAAGGUGCGUAAGCAGUGGGUGUGGUGUGGUGGUGGCGGGGGUGCAAGAAGUGACGCAGGCUGUUACCCUGGAGUCGACAAGGACAGUGGUGGUGGCGCCACCUUCACCCACCUCAGACAUGUCGGGCGAUCACAAAAAGGUUAUUAAGGGGAGCCCUUCCCAGUAUGUCAAGUUGAAUGUUGGAGGCUCUUUACAUUAUACUACUAUUGGCACUUUGACUAAACAUGACAAUAUGCUAAGAGCUAUGUUUUCUGGCCGUAUGGAGGUUCUGACAGAUUCGGAAGGUUGGAUUCUAAUUGAUAGAUGUGGUAAGCAUUUCGGUACUAUUUUGAACUAUUUGCGUGAUGAAUGGAUUCCUUUGCCAGAAAACCAGCGUGAACUGCAGGAGUUGUUAGCAGAAGCACGGUAUUACUGCAUGAGUGAUUUAGUGGAGGUAUGUGAAGGAGCCAUAAAGCAAAAAGAGCCAGAAAAGGAUCCUGUUUGCAGGGUUCCACUAAUCACUUCCCAAAGAGAAGAACAAAUGCUUAUACAGUCUUCCAGUACGCCAGUUGUAAAGUUACAUGUUAAUAGACAUAACAAUAAAUAUUCGUAUACAAGCACGUCUGAUGAUAAUUUACUGAAGAAUAUAGAAUUAUUUGAUCGUCUGUCCCUUCGUUUUAGUCAAAGAGUUUUAUUCAUAAAGGAUGUCAUUGGGUCCAACGAAAUAUGCCUAUGGGCUUAUUACGGCCAUGGGAAAAAAUUAGCUGAAGUGUGCUGUACAUCGAUUGUUUAUGCAACAGAUAGAAAACACACCAAGGUUGAAUUUCCUGAAGCGAGAAUUUAUGAAGAAACCUUAAAUGUUAUGUUGUAUGAAAAUCGAACUGGACCUGAUGCUGAGCUUAUGCAGGCAACAUCCACGAGAGGAGCUGUAGCACCUGUUGUUUGUACGUCAGAUGAUGAAGAAGAUAGGAGAGGUGGUGUUUGUUCCCAGUCAGGUUUGGGAAGAUUGCGCUCUAACAAGAAUAAUUAAUUAUAUUGAUAUAUAAAUGAAUGAUAAAUUUAUUAUUGUUAAAUGUUAAUGACAUGUGACCAAUAAAUAGCAUUUAAUAGACUUGGAAAGUUUUCCUUCAAGAAGUACUGCCAAGAUUGGCUUUGCUCAAAAGAAGUUGUUUAAGUGUGAUUCAGUAUUUUUUAUGAUACGAGAAUAUAUUUCCAGUGGUUCUACUUGCUUUUUGGCUGUAGAGACCAGAUGACAAUAAUCUCUAAAUAACUUUAAAAAAAAUUGUGCUCAGAAGAUUGGUUAGAAGGUAAACGUAGAUUGUCUCUUGACCACUUUUGAGAAUAUUGUAUAUGUCAGUGCAUUAUCCAUUAUGGUUGGGUCAAAUCUUGAUGUAUUUCAUUGAUUUUCUUGUAAUUUUUUAUCUGCUUUGUUGUAGUACAGUGGAAACCUUAGAAAUAGGUUUUUGUUAUCUACCACUACUAAUGGGAAUGUGAAUACGAAAUGGUAUCGGUAACAUUUCUCCGUCCAACUGGUUGACUCUGGUUGUUAGAAUACUGUAUCAUUGUCAUAAUUUUCUUGUUAAUGUUUAUUACUCUUCAAAGAGACAAAGUAACUGGGUUUUUAGAAUUAUUAAGUGAAUUUGGUGCCAUGAUUCACUCAUUUUGAAAGCUGGAAUUCAAAUGUGUUUGCUUUAGGAAUUUUUAAUCUUGGAAAUCCCUCAUGUAGUUUUGGUCUGCAAACUUUCAUUUCUGGGAACUUGAAAAAAUUCCAUUUGCAUGGUGAAAAUUUUCGGUGGACUUCUUUGAGAAUAGAACAUUAGGGAUAGAGUUAAUCCUUUGAAAGAAUUAACAGCCUAAUAGGGUAGUAUUUUAAAAGGUGUUUUUAUAUAAAUUAUUGGUAGACCCAUUUUAAAUUACAGAAUUUUAAACUUGCAUUUAUACAUUGUAUAAACCUCUUAGUUUGCAUCUGCUAUACUAUCUGCAGUUGUGUAGCAUGAAGACUUAGCAAGCUAUAGCAAAAGUAUUUGGCCUGAUUUAUUCCUUCUGUAAGGUGGUCUUGAGAAUGAGUUUAUUUUUUUAUAACUUCUUUUCAUGGAGGAAGUACAACACACUAUCCACAUACCAUAUUCCAUGUGUUUGAGGAAAUAACCUGAAGAAUAAAAGCCCAUGAACCAGAUGAUAGGUAUUUUCAUGCUUGUAAAUGUAUAUUCCAUGAUCUGUGUACAGAGCUACUGACUAUAGUGUGUUGUGUACUAAAGCACUUUUUGGGACUUACUUAUUAUUUUUUUUUUUUUUUUUUUGCAGCUACCUUUAUGUGCUGUAUAUUAAUUUUUUUUUUUUUUUUUUGCAGCUACCUUUAUGUGCUGUAUAUACUUACUGUGUUGACCUUUGUUCUUUUCCUGUUUCCUGUGGCAGUUUUCCACUGAACUUCAACUUGUUAGAAUCAAGUUUUCACUUUUCAUUUAAGAGCAGUUCCUUUUAAGGCUAUCACUAUAUGUAUAAAGGUGAUGAAAGCAGUGUUGAUCACGUUUUUCCAAAAUAUUAGUAUUGCCCAGUUUCCCAGAAUUCAUAGGAAUUUGGAUAUGCGUACAAUCUUCAGAGAUAGAGUUGAUCAUCAGAAGACUACAUCCAGGAGGAUCAAUUCAUUGUUUUCUGUACUCGUGAAAUUAUCUAAACCAUACUUAAUUCUCAAGUCAUUACUGACUCCCAAUACAACUAUUUUAACUCUGAUGAACAGCAACCAGUGGCAAUUUAUUGGAAGUUGUUUUAACUCUGAUGAACAGCAACCAGUGGCAAUUUAUUGGAAGUUGGGCGAGAAACCACACACAACUAGUAGAAAUGCUUCCACAUUGACAGGAGCUAUGCAGAUGAUAUUUAGUGUGAGCUUAUCAUUGAUAUGUACACUGUAGAAAGGAAGCCAGAGACUUUCCUUGUUGAUGACAAUGCUUAGUUAACACUGCAUGGUCGUGGGAAUUGUACUCCUUUCAUUGUUAUGGGACUCUUGGUUAACAGUGCAUGGUCCUGGGAAUUAUAGCUUACGUAAAAUAAGAGGUUUAUAUUUAUGGAACCAAAAAUUAUUUCAAAUAUUGUAGGAUUUCUUUAAGGUAUUCAUUGAUAAUCUGCAUUAAAGUGAAAUGAAAGGUGAAGUGAAGGGAAUUCUUUAAAAGAUUUUCCUCAUUGUUAAAGUUUGAAUUUUUAUCUCUGUUCCCUGCACUCAAAAAUUUGACAGAGAAUAUUCAGAUGUAAAAUCAAGUUGAUUACAGAAUCAUUUAAAUGAUCUCUUAAUGGAUGAAUAUAGUUUUUUGUAUUUAGUUUCAUUCCAUACAUUAGUUACACUAUCAGUAGGAAGGAAAUACUUUAGUAGUACAGUAUUGAGUGUGUUUUGAAAAUUAAACUGUUAUCAUUCUGCCACUUUUCUGUGAAUACUUGAUCAGUGAACAGUUUUAAUUUUUUUUAAUCCAUUUUAUUUUUUUUUUUUUAAUAAAACCGUACUUUGAAAUGUUCCAUUGGAUUAAGUUUACUUUGCUAAACAUGUUACAUGCUGUGGGUUUUCUUUAUUAGAAGUUUUAUAAACUCCAUUUUUCCAUCACCUGGGUAAAAAUGGAAGCUAGUUUUAUUUGUUGAAUAGAAAUUUUGCAAUCUUUUGUCAGUUUCCAUAGCCCAUUAACUGUGAAGACUAAGCAUAUUUGAUGGCAUGUAAGAUCCCUUGCUGUUUCAGAAAAAAAAAAAAUUAUGCACAACUUUUUCAUGUUUUGUGUUGUGUUUGGCUAUGUUAUAGCAUAUAAUUGCAUGGAGAGAGUAUAAAAACUUAAUUUGGCUGUAAUAAUGUAUUAUGUAUCGGGUAACUUAUGCACCAAUUUAUACUUAAGAAUAUCAGGCUCAAGUAGAAAAUCCUUAACCCUUAGUGGACAGGCAUCAUCAUACGAAUAUUUAUAACAGGUUUUGAGUGAUUGACAGGCUAACUCAUAGAAGUGCAUAGUACGUACUGUUAAUAUUACGCACCAUAUGAUUUCGAUGAAUUUAAUGGGAAAGAUGUUCAUAUCACUUUAAUGAUUCAAAAUGACUAGUUGCAUUUAUAGUAGCUCAGCACAGGACGGGUGAUCAGUAUGCCUUGAGACUCGAUAGGGGGAAUGUAUUGCACCUCUGUAUCCCAUGAUGUCUUUAUUUGCUCAUAAAUAUACCCAGGUAUUGCUGUUGCUUUUUGUUAUCAUUUGUAAUAGUGUGUCAGUUAUAAUUGUAAUUUUGCAAAGAAAAUGGUAAAGAAAUAUUAGAAAAAACAUGUACUAUACCUCAUAAAAACUUACUGCAUUUCCCCAUCUCGGUAAAUCUCGUAAAUAUUUUACAAUGUACUCUGAAUUUGUUACAGAUUUUAGUUCCUAUCUGUAAUGAUAUUGUGUGAGCUGUAAUUAUAAUUUUACAAAAUAAAAUCAAAUUAGUAGAGAAAAAAGUAUAACUUGGUAAAAUUUACUCUCUGGAAAAGAGCCCCUGCACAGGGUUGUAAAUAUUCACUUUCAACUUCCCAUGGAAGGCACAGAAAAAUGUAAAAAUUUUCUUCAUACACCGUGUGCAUUUGCAUAUCAUCCUCUUUCCAUUGAUGUGUUUUUUCUUAAAUUGGCCAGGUGGUGGAUAGGGGUGCUUAAUAUAUAUUUAGCCCAUCCCUCAAGGGUUAAAGGAAAAUAUUUUCAUUAUAUAAGUUCUUGAUAAUUUAUAAAUUGAGGGUCGAACAUGCUGACCCAAUGGGCUAGUUGCUCCAUUUAUUGAUAAAAAGUCUGUCAGUAUAUUUAGUUUGAAUUUUCAAGACAAUUUGUCAGUAAAUAAAACACUGAAAUUAUGAUGGCGAGUAGAAAUAAGUAAAAAUUAUAUUUUAGUAAAUACUAUUACCCUGCACUCGUAGAGUUGAGCCAGUUGAAAAUAUUUAGUAUACCAAUAAGCCACUGUCAUUAACAAAUUGUAAACAUCAGCCUAUAGGAUAAACUGGGGUAUUUUUUUUUUUUCAAUGCCUUCACAUAUGGUAUGGGCCAGUUUUGUUGGUCAUGAUAGCCAAUGUGUUGGUGGUUGACUGUGUCAUAUUCAUACUUUAGCUUUACUGUAUCAGAUAGUGGUGUGAUGGGCUUAUUCAGUAGCUGAUAGUUUUCAGUGAUUAUGCUUUUGUUGUACCGAGAUGUAAAUUUGAAACAUUUUGGUGGGUAUUAGCUAACUGGGGAGUAAAAAGUGGAUGCCACCAGUAAGUAUUUUACCAAAUUUUUAUGUAAAUCAUUAUGAGAUUUUAUUUUACUUUUGUAAUAUAAAUUCAUUAUUUACAAACACUUUUUAGAGGGUAAAUUUGUUUACAUAGUUACAAAGGAAACCCUUAAAGGAGGUAAAAUAGCAAAAGUUAUUGCUGUACCAUGCGUAAAAAGAUAGCUAGCCUGAAAGAUAGAUAUUACUUUUGAUCACAGUUAAGAUGUAAAUAUUCAUGAUAAUUUUUGUGAUACAAAUGAACGAGAAUAAUUGGAUGAUAGCAUGGAACAUUUGAAAGUGGCAGUAGCAAAGGUGAGACUGACCGUGAGUAUUGUGCAAAUUCUUCCCUUGUAAUCAUAAUGGCUGGAUAGGAAUAAGAAAUAUGCAAGAUUAGAAUUCAAAACCAUUUUGAGGUAUAUUUAGUUUGCAUUUUACUUAUGAACACAUCUGUAUGAAAUGAUUUUAUGAAAAAACUGAUUAUAAAAAUGUUGUAACCACAUUUUCAGUAGUGUUCCAAGUGAAAUGCCAUUUUAUAAUUUGUGAAGGAAAAUGUAUUAUUUCCCCAAGAAAAAUCAAUGUUAAUGGAAUGAUAAUUUUUUAUCUGUCCUUAUCUGAUACGAUUUGAUUAACCAUGUGGAAAUAUUUACAGACAUGCUGUGGGUGGUAAGUGUUUAGAGGUAUUUUCUCCUUAACCACAACCCUCUGGCUUUAAUAAAGGCAUUUUUUUAUUUAUUUAUUAAUGAAAAUAAUUCAUGUUCUAUAAAGGAAGAAAGAGUGUUAAUUUAAAAGCAGAUUACUUGCACUACUAGGGAAUAUCACUGUACAUUUAGCAGACAGUCAGGUAUAUGGCAUGUUUACCAAGUGUUCCCAACCCAAAUAAGUUAAAAUAUUGGUUAUUUCUCAGUUAACAGUCAUCUUGUUUUUCCAGAGGAAGCUUAAGGCAAAGCAAAGGGUGUAGUUUGCUUGUAAGGUUACCUAAAAGUAUGGUUGGUUUGAGCAUGAACUAUUAUGUAACAUGGCAAAGAUAUAAUUAGGCUAGUGGGAAAUUAAAGCAGUAUCACAAUGUAAAUAUAAUUUACUCUUAAUGCGAAUGUGAUAAUCAUUUGUAAGUACUAAAGUUAAUUUUUUUUUUUUUUUUUACUGUGAUACUGAUAUUCAACUAGUCUAGUAGAAUAUUUUUCAUGAGUAACCAAAAUCUAAACCAAUACAAUAACCACUAUGAAAAAAUGUACAAUAACUUUUCCAGUCAUAAAAGUUAUGUAAUUCCACCUGUUCAAGAUGACCAGUGCAUUAUUGAAUUUGAAUGGUGUACUUAAUUCACAACUGAGAUACACAAGUUUCAGAACCUUAAUAAAUUUUUAGCAGUGCUAACAUGUCAUUUAAGUUUGAAAGUCAUCAGUAAUGCAGAAUUGUAUUUCAGCUGUGCCUCCAGGUGGUUGUGUUUUUUGACCAACAGAACCCUACUAGGUCUGUCCUCAAAGAUCUUUGUGUCACAACCAGUUUUAGUCCUAUGAAGUGUCUUGGUUUGAUAUAACAACCCAAGGAUUUUAUAAUAAAGCGCUUCUGUGAUGAUUGUAGUGUAGUUUAUUAUAAAUGAAUGUAUUAUAUCCAGAAAAUAUAAUCUAUGACGUAAA